UGAUUUCCUCAUAUUCUACCCUCUAGUAGUGGGUGACUUUUCUUCUAAAGGUUGGAAAAAGCUAGAUUAAGAAAUGAACUGAAGGAAUUUUAACUUAAGUAGGUCAUUGCAAACCAGUGUUAUUACCAGUUAUUUAUAAUUUUUAGACGUCAGUAUAUGCUGCCUUUUUCCAUUUUAGCAGUUACUUUGUACCAUCAAAUAACUAAAGUUAAAUAUCUGUGUUGACUUUAAGAAGAGGUCUCAGGCACUGAUUCACACCCUUGGGGUUUUUUUUCUUCCCUUCAAGGGUUACUGUGAAUUUCUAAAGCAGAGCAAAAUGCUGAUUAUUUAAUUUGAAAACAGGUUUAAUUCUGUGCUUGAUAUUAUUUUUACUGCAUGGAAAGGACACUGACCUAAUUUCUGUAGAUGUUGAUUAAUAUCCAUCAUUAAUGUCUGAAGCAGAAGGCAUAUGGCAAACUUUCAGGAUCACUGUUACUGGGUUUCAGACUUUACAGUUUUCCUUCAUCAGUCAUGUGAUCUGACCAGUGAAGUUCUGAUUAAUAAAACUGCAUCUAGAUGCACAGCCCUCCAAGGCAGAUUUUCUGGAGCUGGUGCCUCAAAUCAUUUAAAGCAUGAUUUAUAAAGAAAGUCAAAUCGCAAGGGUGUCCUGCAAGAUGACUUAAAGUCUUAACUCAGAGAUGGGAGUGAUUGAAACAUAGUGUGGAAAGGAAGAACAUAUAUAAAGAAGAAGAAACAGGACUUGGCUCAGCAAGCAAAAGAAACACAGAACAAAGGAGAGGAAACCAGCAAAGAUAAUUUUGGAAGCACUGAAUGCAGCAAAACAAGAACAAUGGAUCUCAAGUUCAACAAUUCCAGGAAAUACAUUUCUAUAACUGUCCCUCCCAAAACACAGACAAUGUCACCACAUAUCAAGUCAAUAGAUGACGUCAUGGUGCUUGGCAUAAAUCUCAGCAGAUUUAACAAACUUACUCAGUUUUUCAUAUGUGUCGCUGGAGUUUUUGUAUUUUACCUAAUUUAUGGAUAUUUACAGGAAUUAAUAUUUUCAAUGGACGGUUUUAAGUCCUAUGGCUGGUACCUUACUUUAGUACAGUUUGCAUUUUACUCCAUAUUUGGCCUAAUAGAACUGCAGCUUAUUCAGGACAAAAGGAGAAGAAUACCAGGAAAAACCUACAUGAUAAUAGCUUUUCUAACUGUGGGUACUAUGGGGUUAUCAAAUACUUCCUUGGGCUACCUGAAUUAUCCCACCCAAGUCAUCUUCAAGUGCUGCAAAUUGAUUCCUGUUAUGCUAGGAGGAGUUUUUAUUCAAGGGAAGCGUUACAACCUUGCAGACGUGUCGGCAGCCCUGUGUAUGAGCCUGGGCCUGAUAUGGUUCACCCUGGCUGACAGCACGAUUGCUCCAAAUUUCAACCUUACAGGUGUGAUCCUUAUUUCCCUGGCCCUGUGUGCAGAUGCCGUCAUUGGAAACGUUCAAGAGAAAGCCAUGAAACUGCAUAAUGCUUCCAAUUCAGAAAUGGUUUUGUAUUCAUACUCCAUCGGUUUUGUGUACAUUUUACUGGGACUGACGUGCACUAGUGGGCUAGGCCCCGCAGUAACAUUUUGUUCAAAGAAUCCGAUUCAGACCUACGGUUAUGCUUUCCUUUUUUCCCUCACUGGGUAUUUUGGAAUCUCCUUUGUUCUGGCUUUGAUUAAAAUUUUCGGUGCCCUUCUUGCUGUAACAGUGACAACAGGAAGAAAAGCAAUGACUAUUGUGCUUUCAUUUAUGUUCUUUUCUAAACCAUUCACAUUUCAGUAUGUCUGGUCUGGUUUGUUAGUUGUCCUUGGUAUAUUUCUCAAUGUUUACAGCAAAAAUAUGGAUAAAAUAAGACUACCAGCACUAUAUGAUCUCAUAAACAAAAUAGUGGAAAUGAGAAAGUCAAGGACGUUGGCACAAACUGUAUAGAGAGUGAUUCACCCUGUUUAAAAUAGAAUUCUAAGGGAGUAAUCAUCAAGUAAUUAACUUUCCGAAGGCAUUAUUAUAAAAACCAAAGGAUCUGAAGGCAUGCUACCCACUUGUGGAUGGGUCCCUAUGAAGUCAGCCUUUUCUUCAGGACACUUGCUUAACUUGUUUGACUUCAAGAGAAGCAAUCAAGAGAGCCGCGUCUGGCACGCCUUAGAAUGAAACGUCAGUGUGAAGGACUAAUUCUCAGCAACCUGUUGAGAAUUUUACUGGAAAUGGACCAUGUUGCAAAACUAAUUGGAUAUCAUUAUGACGUAUCAUAGAAAUUGAUAUAAUAAUAUCAGUUAAUAGAUUGUUUUGUCUUCAUUCCAUUUUGGUGGUGUUAUUUAAAUGAUUCUCUGUUAUAAGAGUGAACUGUUGAUUUAAAGUCUAGAAAGAAUAACUUCAUUAUAAAUAAAAAUUAUUCUGUGAUUUUUUUUAA